UAGAAUACAAAAAUGUGUUCUAAGCAUCUUCAUAAGGGUCUUCCUGAGGUGAGGUUUGAUAAAAGUUGGUAUUUGAUUACUGUCAUCGCUCACUUCAUUCUGGAGUUGCCUUUAAGAUCCCAAUGUUACACUUCACACAGGAUAGAAGAUAUCCUUUUUAAUGACUUGUCAUAAGCCUGUAGAACACUUUAGGGAGGGGAAUCUUACAGUUGAAUCAUAAACAUAUUUAUAAAGUACAUUCCACAGAGUUCAAUGGGACUUACUACGAAGUAAGUAUGCAUCGGAUUUCAGCCUUAGACAUCGAAGCACAAAGCCCUCCUUGAGUGAAAGGAGUGUGCCAAUUUUUGCUAGCUUUCCCCAGACCCCUGGCUGUGUUUGGUAGCAAGAUAACAGAGAAUCAUCUCUGACUGUUUCCGUGUUUUGUCCCUUUGUUGAUUAAGAAGGGAGGACGGGACACCCAGCCCAUAUUUAGGAGAAAGUUUGUCACUGAAAGGAUAGACCUAGAUAGUACUGCUCUUUCCUUCAUCCACAUCCAUAUAGUGAUACUGUUUAUGGCAUGCUCUGCUACUGCAAUCCUGGCAUACCCAGCUUUCCCUGGCACACCAGGAAUACUGGCUCAGGGCUGUUUCAUGGGUUGAGAUGCUAAUGAAUGUUCUCUCCAAGAUUCUCAUGGAUUAUUUUAAGGUCAGACACAGGGCCAAUGUGAUCCUGGUUUUAAGAUCAGAAAGCAUUGAGCAUGUGCCCAGUUCUGCUUCAGCUCCCUUUCCAUGGUGACCGGCUCUGCUCCUGCUACGCUUCACCUGCUUGAAACUGCUCCCCAUUGGAUUGCUUGUUGGGUGUGGCUGACCUGUUCUCUGUCUUCCCUCUUUUUCCGCGUGAGGAUCCCUCGGACAGGCGAUCUCUUCUGAUAACCCGUCUGCAAUGCCACCACCCAGGCACCAAAUAGGUGACGGUGUGCUGGAUGGAAGAGACAACUGGGAAUAACAAGAAGUCACUCUCUCCUCAGGCGGAGCACGCUGGCAUCCGGACUUACUUCUUCAGUGCUGAGAACAACGAAGAGCAGGAGUCCUGGAUUCAAGCCAUGGGCGAGGCUGCCCGGGUGCAAAUCCCACCUGCUCAGAGGCAUGAGAAGACCGAUUCAGAGAACAUCCCUCCUGGCAAGAACCACCAGCACCACCACCACCGCAGUGUCCCAACCAGGGAGCCUGCCAAAGCUGAGCCGGAAGCCAAGACCAGAGGAGAAGGUGAUGGGCGUGGCUCCGAGAAGAUUGAACAGAAACCCGAGCGAGGGGAGAGCAAGAAGGAGCCGUUGGCAAAGGCCAAUGGCAUUGUGAGCCAAGAAAUGCCCUCUGAGCCGGGAAGCCCUUAUCCUGAUGCCUCCCGUGUGCCACCUGGGGUGGAGAGACCCACACAGCCGAACGGCUGGCAGUACCCAUCUCCUAGCCGGCCCGGCAGCAUGGCCUUUCCACAGCACGAUGGCGAGGCUGCAAUGCCUCGUCGGAGCUUUGCCCCUCGCACCAACCCUGAGAAGGUGGCCCAGAGGAAGAGCUCCAUGACACAGCUGCAACAGUGGGUGAACCUGCGCCGUGGGGCUCCAGCGCCUGAAGAUCUCCACAGCCCGACCAGGUUCUACCCAAUGUCUCGAAGAGUCCCUGACUACUAUCCCCCCUACUCACCCCAGUACUCUGAGGAUUUCCAAUACUACCCUCCCGGCGUGCGCCCUGACAGCAUCUGCUCUAUGCCUGCCUAUGAGCGGGUGAGUCCUCAAUGGACUGUGGAUGACAAGCGGCACUCCUUCCGCAACAGUGGCUCCUACCAGCUGCGGGAGUGGAAGGAACAGCCCGGCUACGGCAGACAGGAUGUGCCCGUUUGGAUCCCAGGUCCCACACGGCCGCCAGUGUACUAUGACGAAAUGGAUGCGGCCUCUGGCUCCCUGCGCAGGAUGUCACUCCAGCCUCGCUCCCGGUCGGUCCCCCGUUCGCCGAGCCAAGGUUCCUACAGCAGAGCCAGAGUGUACUCCCCUGUCAGGUCACCGAGCGCCCGCUUCGACCGAGUGUCUCCGCGGAGUGAGGAGAUAUAUGCAGAGCCAACAACGUACAUGAUGAGGCGAUCGGUCAGUUCCCCAAAGUAUGAUUAUCUGGGUGACAGGAGGCCUGUCCCUGCAGGGAUGUUUCCUUUCAACUAUCCAGCGUCCCCUACAGUCCACGACAAAAUGGAUGAACUUUUAGACCUUCAGUUGCAAAGAAACCUAGAGUAUUUGGACCAGCAGAUGAGUGAGAGCGAGACUUUGAUCAGUAUGGUGAACAGAAUGGUGGAGAGCUCCUCCCCUAGGGCUCAGCUGUACAUGCAAGUGUCUCAUUUCCCCGAAGCCUACAGGGAGGCGCUGCACACCUACAAGAUAAGCGAACAAGAUACGGAUAAGCUUCUGGGAAAGCUUUGUGAGCAAAACAAGGUGAUGAGGGAACAGGAGAGGCUUGUGCAACAACUUCGCGCUGAGAAGGAGAGUCUAGAGAGUGCACUGAUGGGGACACACCAGGAGCUGGAGAUGUUUGGGAGCCAACCGGCGUACCCUGAAAAACUGCUGCAUAAGAAGGAAUCCCUUCAGAAUCAGCUGAUCAAUAUCCGGGUGGAGCUAUCCCAAGCCAGCACGGCACUGGCCAACAGCACCAUAGAAUAUGAGAACCUGGAGGGUGAGGUGUCAGCCUUGCAUGAUGACCUAUGGGAGCAGCUGAACUUGGACAUCCAGAACGAAAUGCUCAAUCGGCAAAUCCAGAAGGAGAUCUGGCGGAUCCAGGACGUGAUGGAAGGGUUGAGAAAGAACAAUCCCUCUCGGGGCACAGACACUGCAAAGCACAGAGUGGCCCUGGGCCCAUCAGGAACCUACAGCUCUAACAGCCCAGCCAGCCCUUUGAGCUCAGCCAGCCUCACGAGUCCACUGAGUCCUUUCUCCCUCGUGUCUGGAUCGCAGAGCUCCCCUACCAAGCAAGGCAGCAAUGAGGAGCCUGGUCCACCUCGACCUCCCCUCCCCAAAUCAUAUGUGCCCUUGGAAUCUCCUCCGACUGUCCCUCCGCUCCCUAACGAAAGCCGCCUCUGGCCGUAUCCUAACUCCCCUUCCUGGCAGCAAAGCAGCGAGGCGAAGAGGGGACAGUCCAAGUCCAGCUUUGAGCAGAGCAAGAAGGACCAUCACCGGACAUUGGCCUCCAGUUCUACAGUGGAAACUGGUCUCUUGCAGACAAGGCAAGAUCAAGAGGUGGACAAGCAAGUUGCUCUCAACAAAGUUGGCAUUGUUCCCCCAAGGACCAAGUCACCCAUGGAUGAUGAUAACACCACACUCACAUCAGGCGUAGUGAGGAGGAGUGCCAGCAACCUAGCCAAUGGGCUGAACUCCCGGGACAGACCAAAGAGUGCUGUGUUUUCGAAUGAGAUGAAGGCGAAGAUGAGCGUCGAGGAGCAGAUUGAUCGCAUGAAGCGCCACCAAAGUGGUUCUAUGAAGGAGAAGAGGCGGAGCUUGCAGCUUCCAGCCAACCAGCAACAGGCGGAUAGCCCUCUGUCUAAAGCGCCUCCCUCUUACAAAGUGGUGCGCAGACAUCGCAGCAUCCAUGAGGUGGACAUAUCUGAUCUGGAAGCUGCAUUACGCUCUGACGACUCUGGCAAGAUGUAUGAGACCCCUCGAGAGGAGAUUGCUCGCCUGCGUAAAAUGGAACUAGAGCCUGAGCAUUAUAAUGUGGACAUUGGCAAGGAGCUUUCCACCCCAGACAAAGUCCUUAUCCCAGAAAGGUACAUUGAGUUGGAACCUGAUACUCCACUGAGCCCAGAGGAAAUGAAAGAGAAACAAAAGAAAGUGGAAAGGAUAAAGACGCUGAUUGCCAAAUCCAGCCUGCAGAAUGUGGUCCCCCUCAAUGAGGGAGAAGUGGACGUGUCCCAGGACUCCGAAACCCAGCUACAGGAGCAGGAGAAGCGAAUAGAGAUCUCCUGUGCCUUGGCCGCAGAAGCCUCCCGACGGGGCCGCAUGCUCUCUGCUCAAUGUGCCACCCCGAGCCCUCCCACCUCCCCAGCUUCCCCGACUCCACCGACCAAGUCCCUCUCGUCUGACUCAUCCCAGGGCACCGAUGGCCAUUUUAUGCGUGUCUGAGCCAUAAACACAGGCCCUGGCUGCUGUGAAUGCUGUGAAGUUCCACGGAGCCACAUUUUAACACCCGAGUCUGCAUCCUGACACAGCCACUUAACGAUGCACACGGCCGUUGUUUUGGUUCUUUCAGAACACCCCCUCCUUCAGCUGAGCUGCAUUCAGGAAGGAAAAGCUGCCUCUGAGGAGAAUGGGGGAUGUCUCACCUUGGUCCUAGUCCCCACCCCACCCCCACACAUGCACCUCCACUACUGCCAAGGCCCAUACCAACUGCCCAGACAAGUCCUUUAAAGCUGGUAGCAGAUGGAUGCAGCGUUCCAGGCCUGUUCCAUUCUGCAAGGGAGGUCUUACAGGCAUUUCCAAGGCAAAGGACCAGCAGCUAAAGAUCAGCUGUUACUUAGAAUAGCUCAGCACUGAACUGGAAAAGCAACGCUGGUGACAGCAGGAGAAGGCGAAGCUUCCCACGCUAAUGUAGCCAUCCCCUGAGGCUUUGUCCCCUUCCGCCAACUUGUUUUUGGGGGAGGAGAAUUGUGUGAAGAAUGACAUGUCACUGCAGCCAGGGACUUCACAGAAGUGAGCCCCAGAUAUAUAUAUAGAUAUUCUUUCUCUCACCCUCAUCCCAACACCCCCGUUGGUCUCCUCUGCCAACCAGAAUGGCUUUAGCAUCUUUAUUAUCACGAGCUAAGCGACCUGUGCACGGCCACGCUUCUCUGCUUAUGCUCGCAACCAUUCGCAGGAAAAGGAAGAAAGGGGAAGCACAAAUGGACAGACGGAACUUUGUGGAUGUGGCAGGUGAAGAAAAAAAGAAAGCUGCCCGUCUGAGAGAGGGUGGGUGGAGAAAGCAGAAGAGGCUUUGGAGGCAUCUUCUGAUUUGUGGGAAUAUUUGCUGUGGCUGUGAGACGCUGGCAAUUUCUUCUUUUUCCAAGCAUAAGGGUGGGAUGGUUCAGAAGAUAUGCGUAAUGUAUGUGGACAUGGAGCAGAGGUGUGAGUGAAAGAUAGAAUGGGGAAAGAUGAGGGUGGAAAAGUUUUGUUGGCUGGGAUUAGACCUAGUGAGAUCUAUUUCUCUGUAGAUACAAAGCAAAAUCAGGACUGGGUAGGUGAUAUUUCCUUCUUCUCAUAUCUGAGCCAAUUCAGCAUAGUGCCAUUGAGUAAAUGCCUCCUGAGUUCUCCGGGGCACACAUUUAAGUAACGGAACCAGGCAGAAAACUGUCUGUUGGAUAGAUCACUGCAUUAGCCACACACUUAAGAGUCUCUUUCACCAGCCCUUGAAGCAGUAGGUCCUGCUAAUGAAAACAGGAUAUUUGAGUACAUGGAAUUUGAGCCUGAACUAAAUGAGAUGAGCCAUGAGUCAGUCCCCAUGGCAUAGAUGAAGCGAUCCGCUCCUGGCAAUUGUGGAGAGGACACAGUGAGGCCUCUUCAUUCUCUGCCAUUUGUAAUUUCUGUUCUGGCUGUAUGCAACAGUAGAGCAACUGGUAGGUGAUUUGGAAGGAGAGCUCUCUCUCUCUUUCUCUGACACACAUGCGCGCGCACACACACACGUUUCAUCCGUCUCCUCCACCAAGGCCAUAGCUGCAUGAUAAUUAUUACUGCUGUGAUCUUUCAGAGGAACUGAGCUCCUGUAUCAAGAGCGCAGGACCACGGCUGCACCUGCUCCCAUCUCAUACCAUUUCAAAUGAGCCCGCUCUUCCAGAUGAGCCCUCAUUGUUUCCUCAAUAGUUUGAGAGAAGGACUAAUUGUAACAGGAGCUGGACCAAAUGAGAAAGCACAGAGCGAGAAUGUGGGAGAUUUAUUCAUUUUCAAUGGAUACCGUUGGAGUUUCUCUCCCCCACCCGCUGAGAUUUAUUCAAGUAGCUCUGUCUUGCCCCCAUAUUAAGACAGGGGUCUUAGCAAAUCAAGGGUCUCAUUUGGAUUUCCUUUCCACACUGCAGUUGUCCACUGAAAGGGAGCGGCUGGUCUGGAUAUCAUUUAGGGCAACUGUAGCAAACUUAUGUUCCCAGGGGCUACCCUGUUCUCCAGACAGUGAUCGAAGGACAGGCAAGAAAUCUGUUUUGCUGCACAACCUGAUCCCUGCGCAAGUAGUCAGGCACUGCGCUAAAGUUGGCAUCACCUCCCAGUAAGGGCUAUGCACUGUCACGUCAUAGCACUCGGGCAUGGACAGGGCAUUACGUCCAAAACUCAGAGAGAUGGUUGGACAUGGGCAGUUUUGAAAGUCGUUGUGGAACAAGAGGCCGUAGCUCAGUGGUGGAGCAUCUGCUUUGCAGCAGAAGAUCCCAGAUUCAGUCCCCAGCAUCUCCAGGCAGGGCUAAGAAAGAAUCCUGCCUGAAAACUUGGGGAGCUGCUACCAGCCAGCGUUGACAUUGCUGGGCUAUAUGGACCCAUUGUUUGACUUCGUAAAAAGCAGCUUCCCAUGUUCCUAAUCCUUUUUCAUAACC